CGCUGACAGCUUGUAGCUGCAGCUGCUGCUCCUCCUUUACAAAUAGUGGUAGUCAUUUUUUAGCAUUGUUUAUUAUUAACACCAUACAUAUACAACUCUGUUUCCUUUUAUCAUAAGUAUACCAAAUCCUCUAACGUCUCCUUCUUUCCUUCCCUCACCAAAUCCCCAAAAAACACACAAAAAAACUGAGAGAGCGAGAGAGAGAGAGAGAGAUGAGUCUUGUUGAAUGUCCAGUGAAAAACUCUUUCACAUACAACACCACGCUUUGUGCUUGCAAUCCAGGUUAUAUCUACAACACAACCACUAAAGCAUGUUCACUAUUUCAAUCGGAUGUCACCGAUUGGACGCGAAUUGAUUCCGGCUUCGACAAGCACGAUUUCUACUCUUUCAACAUUCCACAAGUGUUCCAGCUGAAUGCGAUUACUAAGUUUACUCAAUCGCAGGCUAUUUUGCUCGAAACGACCUUGCUUUUGCUCUUCAGCUGGCUGCUCUUUUGUUUUUUAGCUCGAUUCGGGAGUCUCGGUGAUGGCAGAACUCCCUGGUUUAAGAUUAGGUGGUGGAUUAGUCGCUUAGACUUCAGUUUCGCUACUCGCCAUUGGCUGGAUGACCAGAAGGUAGUUGUGAAGCGUAAAACAGAGCUUGGAGGAACCCUCUCAAUUGCAAGUUGGAUCCUUUUUAUUGGUUUAUUUGCUACAUUGCUCUACCAGUUUCUUUCAAAGAGAAGUAUUGAGGUGCAUAACUUAAGAGCAACAAAUGCCCCUGACUUGGCGUCCUUCAACAAUGAUAUGGAAUUUAAUAUAACAACAAUUUCUGGUAUGAGUUGUUCACAUUUGCGUGGCAUUGAUAACUUAGUUACUGGGAGUCCAGGCUUUAUUGCCCAAAGGGUUGCGCCCUUGUCAACUUUUGCAAACUAUUCUUGUCAUAACUCAACCAUGGGACCAACUAUAGUUUUCAAAUGCUUCAAGUGUCAACUUAUUCAAGAUUACACAUAUAUCUCGUGGCAUUUCCUUGAUCUUCCAAAUGACCCCGCAAGUGCUGUUGGAUUCCAGUUCAAUCUCACCAUGACAGAUCAUGCAAGUAAAAGACGUAUGAGUUUAGUCAGUGGAACAUUAAAGAAUGGCAGCAAUAUGGAUAAUAAACCAAUCACAUACAGAGGAGUUGAUCCAAAUAUAUUGAAAUUUAAUUUGUUUCCGAGGAUAUACCGUAAUUUGCAUGAUCUAAAACUCAUCCAGCCUCUUUUCCAUGAUUUUAUUCCUGGUUCAUAUAUCAGUGAGAUAAAUCCGCUCAAGGACUCCCUUCAAAGCUCUAGCACUGGAGUAGUUAACGUCACUAUUUCAAUCAAUUUUCUCUCUGCUUAUGUAGUGGAGAUUGACGAUGAAAAAAUUUUGGGGCCUGUGAGCUUCCUUGCAGAUCUUGGGGGCCUUUAUUGCAUUAGUGUCGGCAUUUUUUUCUACUUAUUGGUGCAAUGUGAAUACAGAGUCAAGAAGCUCCGUAACGAGGAUAGUGUAAUGAGAAAUAUUAGAAGUCGACAGAAAGCUAAAAAAAAUUGGAACAAAUUGAGGAAAUAUGUGAAAUACACAUGGAACUGUAGCUCAUUGGAUGACAAUUAUAAAAGUCUUGACACAGACGUGUGUUGCACUGGGAUGAAGAAGAACUCUUCACAUAAAGAAAUAUCGUCUCGUAAGCAAAGGCCACCUAUCAAAAUGGACAAAAUUAGCUUCAAUAGAAAGGUCACCUUGCCCGAUGAAAAGGUUCAGAGGAAUCAGGUGCAUCAGAAUGUCAAAGCUGACAAAAUUCGUACAGAUGGUGGUAAUACCCUUCCUCCGCCACCUCCAUUAGAAUAUAAAGCUGUUUCUGACGGAAGCCUAACUGAACUCCAGAAGCAUCUUCAAGUUUUGUAUGAAUACAAUGUGAAACUAAGAGAGAAUAUGGACAUUGCACAGUCUAUGAUCAAUGAUUUGACAUCAAAAAGUUCAUCUUCGGAUCUGGAUAAAUCAAGUACGACAUUGCAUGAUUCGUGAGGGUAAAGCUUCGUCAGCUGGAAUAUAUGGUACAUGUUGUGCAUCGGAUAAGUUUUAGAAAUUGGUUGCAAGAUAUGGCUGGAAUUUAUGAUCAUCAAUUUACCGUAAGGAAAUCUAGGCUCGAGGAUGGACUUCUGUGACAGCCUAUGGUCUUCAUUUUACUUGUAUAGCUAGUUUUUCCUUUGUACAAUGCUUGGAGGGUGUAGUGUGAAGUUUGGGAAAUAGGAGGUUUUCACUAUACAUAUUAGUGAUAAGGGUUUAGUAGCACGGUGUGUAAUAUCUAUGGACACAAUAUUUCCAUGUGACAUAUAUCUACACAAGCCUGGAGCCGGUAACUAUUUGUUGUUUUAUUUGAGACUUGAGAAUGAAGUCGUCUUUUAAUGCGA